AAAAUGAGUCAAUCGUCAACACAACCUGAGCCUGAGCUGUCACUUCAGUCACUGUCACAGUCAGAACCUGAGAGUGGGCCUCCUCAGCCACCACAUCCAUCACAACCACCAGCGCCCCCCACCCAGGAUCCCCACCAGCUCCAGUCACAGAGCCAAGACCAGCCUGCACUUCAACAGGAGCAAGCGUCAAACCUGGAGCACCAAGAAAAGCCGCUGUGGAUAAAACACCAAAGAGUACUUCUCUUGGUUUUAGGACUGACUGUCUGUGCUGCUAUUUCAGGACUUCUCUACUACAUUCACCACAGUCUCCACAGAAAUACCAUCACAGUUAGUCCGUGUCUGUCCUUGGCCUGUCGCCUGGCCGAAGCGCGUCUGUCCACGUCCCCCGAUCCUUUCACUCAGCCCUGUGACCACUUCUUGUCCACAUGUGGAGCAGCUCGAUCACAAAAGAGCGGGGGGAGACAAAGAGGUCAGGGUAUACUGGGCCAUCCGCAGAACCGGAUGGAGAGGUCAGUUUGGCCAGAGGUACGAAAUGAGCAAACCAUCAAUAGAAGCCCGGUGGAGGAAAAAACACUGAGCCGAAAAACUGUGCUGCUGCAGAACCUCAGGGAGAUUUUAGAGACCAACUACAAGUCAAACAGUUCAGCUUUUCAGAAGACUCAGCACUUCUAUCAUUCCUGUAUGGACAUGAGAGCUAUAGAAACCACAGGAGCAGAGCCGUUCCUCAAACUCAUCCAGAAGCUGGGAGGCUGGGCUGUGUCAGGGCAGUGGAAUAAGACAGAUUUCAACACCACCCUGGGUUUACUAAUGAGAGACUAUGGCACUUUUCCAUUCUUCAACCUCUAUGUGGGCAAGGACCCAGAAGAAGCUGCCAGCAGGAGGACUAAACGAUACAUACAGAUCGAUCAGCCGGAACUGUUGAUCCCGAUUGCAUGGGACAACAAAACACAAAAGUCUAAAGCUGAACCUCAGGCGUUACGUCCUUUCUUGGCAUCGUGUCAGAGCUACCUGGCUCUCCUGGGAGCCCCGCAGAGUGAACAUAUGAAACAUGUUGGCAUGUUCCUCUCUUUGUCCUCUGAACUUGCUGUAGCAGCUUCACCUCUGUACCACCGCCAGUCGAAAGGGCUGCUCCAUCAGCGCGUGACCAUCAAAGAACUGCAGGUUUCUCUAUUACUGAAUGAAAUUAAUGCCUGCUUUAUUGCAGUUUCUUCUCACAAUAAGAUCGUGCAUGCUGUGGGGGACUGUGUGUGGGCUCACUACCUCAACGCAACAGACAAAACAGGCAGACGUGGAGUGUUACCGCUGUCAGCAGCGCAGCAGCAGGAAGUGUGGGUGCAGUACUCUGCACUGCAGGUAGCACUGCAGGCGUAUUAUCGCAGUCUAAACCAGGACCCUGCUGACACAUCCUUAUUAGGGACAUACCAUGUUCAUCUGUUUCUCAGAGCUUUUUCCCAGAUUAAUUGUGAUGCUGACCCGUACAGUGAAUCCAUGCCUCUGGAUCCCUCCUUCUUCAUCCUAGUCAUUUGUGCCAAUUCAAACUUUUGUCCUUCAAGCCUACAGUGCUCCAUCAAACGUCAGCAAAAUUCAUCACAAACGGAUUCUUUUGGUAAGGGCCUGGGAAAAGCAGGAGCCAAGCGUUUGGGCCGGAUGCUGAAACGGGCUAUCCAGCACCAAGAGGGGCCGAGCAGGAAAAAGAAAGAUUCUGUACCAAACACUCCCAUUCGUCUUCUCAAGCAUCAGAUUGAAGCAAAGGCUAAAAAUGCACCCAGGACAAACUCCUCUAAGCUGACCUCGCAACAAGUCGCCAAGCUCAUCCUCAGCUUAGUGUCGCAGUGCAAACACAGAGCUGGAAUCUCCAUGGCAGAGGUCAAGCAGAUACUGGCUGCUCAGGGAUACGAUGUCACCAAGAACAAUAGGCAGGUCAACAUGGUGACCAAACGCAUGGUUAACAAUAGGACACUUGUAGAAACUAAAAGAAAUGCAUCGUUCAGACUCAACAAGGCAGACAUUGGGCUUAAUUCUAAACCUCUCAUGUUCUACACAAUAGAUAACGGAAAGAAGGCAGAUAAAGAAGAACACUGUGACAAAUAA